UGGUUUUUAUCGGAGAAAGUGUAUGGGCUGGAAUUGCCGAGGUUGAUCCAAGCCCGAUUUUGCGUGAGCAAGCCCCCCGUCGGGGUGUAGCAUCUCAUAAAAACGGAGUUGGAGAUCCAGACUUGGGAGUCAGAGAUGUCGUAGACGUGGAGGUUCCAUAUUAGAGGCAUUGGAGGAUUGUUCGAUGUGUUGCAGUUGAUUUCCAGGCUCGGGUUCAGAGCGCAACCCGAGCCUAAUCCAACUCCGAACGGGUACGGAACCGUCAGGUUUCCGCAUUUUCGUGGGCAUCCCGGUUUCGUGAUGGUGGUGCCUUUGGUGAUUGUAGUGGCAGUGGCGGCGGUGGUUGUAGCGUUACUAGUUGGAGUUUGGGCUAUGGUUGGUGUUGAAAGAAGCACUAGGAGGAGGAUAAAGGAGGCAAGUUGAAGGGAAACGGCCAACCUGCUGCAUAUUAGCUGCAUGAUGGUCUUUUGACUUUUGAAUAGAAGAGAGAUUAAUGAUGGAGUAUAUGGGUCUGAGCCCCAGGACCCACAUACUCGGAAGGACAGAGCACAAGACAACAGAGUGGCGCCUUCGUCGGCCAAGACGCCCCCGUCGGCCGAGAAGAAGCCAACCCGGAUUAUGAUCCUGAGUCCAAGGAACCCGGGUGCCCUCGUCGGCCGUGCCCUCGUCGGCCGUGCCCUCGUCGGCCACGCCCUCGUCGGCCACGAUGACCUCCCAGAAUCGGAUCCUAUACUUACUCAUUUGUACAGCCCAUUAGUGGCUUUGUAUUCGGCCCAGUAGCGGUCCAGUUGUAAAUGGGCCUCCCAAGCCCAAGGCUUGGGAGCCCAACCCUAAUUUUCUCUAUAAAUACUCCCCUUGGGAGUAGUUAUAGGGGUUACAAAAUCAUUCUAUUGAAGCAUAUUAUUGCACUUCUCUCUCUAGCUCUCACUUCUCUCUAGAAUCUAGGAGUUAAUACUCCAUCAUUUGGUGCUCUCGUUGAGAGCUAGAACAAUAAAGUUAGCACCCUUCGUCGCUACCAAGCACGGCUAACCACUAAUCAUGGGGAGAACGAAGUCAAACCGCAACCUCGUCAGCAAAGUCAUCCCUGAGGACCAAGAGCCCAGGGAGCACGAUGAGGACGCCACGGCCGACCAGGUCGGCGGAGGGGACCUCUUCCAGGAGGCCUUCAACCUCACGACGGACCUCCGCAACCAACUCAACGGCGGAGUCCCCGACGCCCGCCUCGGCCUGGAAAAGAAACGAGCUGAGAAAGCGGACCACGCCCCGGCCCAGCCUAUGGCCGCGGCCUCUCCGUCCGUAGAUCCUCAGGUCCAGGCCGCACUGUCGGCUAUCAUCGCCAGCUUGGCUCAGAAUCCCACCGUCCUCAGCGCACUCUUACCAAGGACCGGGGGAACGUCACUCCACCUCCUCACCCCCAACCACUGGCCGACCAGAUAGGCAACCAUGAGGGGGUUGUGGCCCAGGACACAGCGUCGUCCCACUCCCACCCUGCUUCCCCUCUUCGGCCCGGGCAGACCCCAGCGCGUGGAAAAGCCUCUGCCUUCAAUAGGCUAGGUGACACGCGCCGUCGUCCGGUUUCGGAGAGGAUGGCGGGACGGAUUGGUGAUCCUCGUCCUGGCUCGCCAAGGGAGAGUUUGGGGUCUGUAUCCCGGACAGCGGACCAGCCCUGCCCGGACAAGGGCAAGGGGAAGUUGCACGAGGAUGACGUGCGUCACCAGAUCAACGCGGCCCACAACGAGCGCCUGAGGAACCAGCCGGGUGCCGCCGCGGCCGACAGGGACCCCCGGGACGAGGUCAUCGCCCAGCUGGAAAGGAGGUUGGCUCAGAUGGAGGCCAAGCAGUCGGCCAACAUCCCUACGGCCGGCGCCUCCAACGACCCCGGCCUCAACGCGCUCAUGAACAAAGUCAGCGCCCUGGAGAGGGAACUGGCCGAAGGGCGGGGUGACCCCAUCAUCCAGGUCAGGACUAGGACCCCUUUCACCAACAGGGUCCUCUCGGCCCCCAUCCCUGAGAAAUACAGGGGGAACGCCAUCAAGUCCUACGAUGGCCGAUCAGACCCCCAGGAACACUUCAGCCGUUAUCAAAACAACAUGCUGAUGGUGAACGCGUCCGACGAAUACCUCUGCCGUUGGUUCCUCUCUACUCUCGAGGGGCCAGCGUACGAGUGGUUCAACGGGCUGCCAGAAGGAAGCAUCGACUCAUGGCAGGAUCUCGCCCAGCGCUUCCUCACUCACUUUGCCGGGAGGAAGCGCGCGAAGAAGUAUUUCACCCACCUCCUCUCCGUCAAACAGCAGCACGAGGAGUCCCUCCGGUCAUUCAUCGACCGGUGGACGAGGGAGACCGAGGAGGUCGAGGGGGCCGAUGAGCGCACCCUCCUCGCCUUGUACCAGGGAGCCCUCCGUAGCUCCCCGUACGCCAGGAGUCUCAUCACCGACCCCUCGAGGUCAUACGCCAAGGCGCUCCAACGCGGAGGCUUGUAUGCCGACGCCGACGAGCUCCACAACCACAAGAGAGAGGGGGGCCAUCCCCCCAGGAAGACAAAUCCUUCGUCGGCCCCGGGUCCGUCCCCGGCCGGCCAGGGUGCCUAGGGCCGCCACGGCUCUGGUGGACAAAGUAAGAAAGACCGCCACUGGCGGCCGAGGCUGGAACGGCCGGGGGUAACCCUCACCCACCCGGUCGGCACCAUCCUCGGUUAUGCCGAGAAGCACGGCCUCAUCGAGCAGGCUCCUCGGCCGACCGAGGAGACCCUUGCCAUCCAACAGGGCGGCACAUACUGCCGGUUCCACAAGAACUCGUCGCACAACACCGACGAUUGCAUCACACUGAAGAAGGCCAUCGAGCGCCUUAUUCGCCAGGGGGAACUCUCCCAGUUUGUCAAAGGUGGCCCACGCAAAAACACUUGGGUAAACACCGGCAAACGUGGGGGCGAACCCUCUGCGAAGAAGCGCGAGAUUGGUAGGCUCAGCGACGAUGAGGACUUCGAGGAGCCUCCGCCGAAGAAAAAUCACAUCCACCUUAUCGUAGGCGGGAACACUGGGGGGGACUCCGCCACUCAGAGAAAGAAAUGGGCCCAAUCCCUUUACAUUGGGGAGGUGUCCCACGCUCCCCCCCCAGCCGAAGAAGCAGCGGACGGAGGCGAUCACCUUCACCGACAAGGAUCUGCCUCCGGGUACGGAAUCACACAGGGACGCCCUCGUCAUCCGAUGUGAGAUCGGUGACUCCAUCAUCCACCGUACUUACAUCGAUACGGGGAGCUCCGUCAAUGUGAUGUACUUGGACACCUUCAAACAGCUGAAGCUGGACAGAGCUCUGCUGAAGCUGAUCAAGACCCCGUUAUCCGGCUUCACCGGGGACUCUAUCGACGCCGAGGGCACGAUAGUCCUCCCCGUGGAAGUCGGUGACGGCCCCCAUCAUGCCAAAAUUGACAUGGAGUUCAUGGUGGUCAACCUCCAGUGCGCCCACAACCUAAUCUUGGGCCGGCCAGCGCUGGAGGACUUGGAGGCCAUCAUCUCCAUGAAGCACCUAUGCUUGAAGUUCCCCACCAAUGACGGCAUCGGCUACGCCAGAGGAAAUCAGAGGAUAGCCAGAGCUUGCUACCUCAAGCUGACGAGGCCGGCCGAGAGGGAAGGACAGCGGAUAGACACCAUCACGACCGCCGUCGCCAUGGACGAGGAGAGGCCACAUGCGGAGCCGACCGAGGAGGUCGAGGAAAUCCCUCUGGAUACCUCCCGGCCGGAGCGGGUUCUCAGGGUCGGAAAGCAACUCCCCCAGGACCAACGAGACGCCAUCCUCCUCGUCCUACGGUCAUACGCCGUUGUCUUCGCAUGGGGCCCGGACGAUAUGCCCGGCAUCAGCCGCCAGGUGAUCACUCACCGGCUGACCGUCGAUCCGGCCUCCGCGCCCGUCAAAC